AAAUUGUGAUUUUUCGUCGCUUGGUAUACACAAAUGGCGAUUUUUUGGACGCAGAUUUCCAACGCAAUUUUAAAGAAAUAAAAAUACAAAUAAAGUGUGGUACAACAUUCAAAAUAGAAAAAAAUGAGCGGUUUUCUUCCUAGAGAUUUGAUCAAUGAAGUCAGAAUAAGACCGGGAAUAUAUAAUAAAGAUGUUUUGGAACAUCCAACCCGCGAACACAAAAGACAGCUGUGGCUAGAAGUGGCAGAGCGUUUGACACCAGCCGAAGAUUGGGAAUCGUUUACAGAUGUCGAAAAAGAAGUUCGCAUGGGUGAAAUUGCUACCAAAUGGAAAAAUUUAAAGGAUCAUUUCUAUCGUGAAAUUAAGCUAGAGGAAGCGGGUGAAGCUCAUAAGAAACGUAAAUACGUUUACUAUGAUGAUAUGGAAUUUGUGCGUCCAUUUGUGGGCUAUAAACUGCCCUCCAUAAACAAACGUCUCAAGGAAAAAGAACAACAAGUGGUUGAAGAGGAGAUUGUGACACAGGAUGAAGAAGAGGUAGGCGAGUGUGUGAGUACUGAAGCCGACAUUGAUAUGGAGGCAUUUCUCAAUGAAAGUGAAAAUAUUGAAGAGGAAGACAGUAAAUAUGUACCUAAUAAUAGCAUUGUUGUUGUGCAAGAAGAGGUGGUAGAAGAACGUCCCAAAACUAAACGCAUCAUAAAACCCACAUUUAAAGUGCUACAGAACAAACCGUCAUCCUCCUCCUCCACCAGUACUCCAAUAGUCAAUCCUACUCCGAAAGAGGCGGUUAUCAAAAAUUUUAAUGUCUUAAAGAAAACUGAUAGUGGUAGUUCCUCUACAAAUUCCACUUUCAAAAUACGUGAUGGUGAUAUUACUUUCUGUCUAUCGCUGGUGCCCACAUUACGUAAAUUGGACGAUACCCGCAAGCUAAGCGCUAAAAUAGAAAUUCUAAAAGUCUUACGUUUUUAUGUGGACAAUGCCAAUCAAGCUAAUGUCUCCAGUAGCAAUGAUAAUACUACCAUUUUACAUAGUGAUGACAUAGAGGAGGAUGAAGAACAAUUAGUUGAAGAACAUUUAGAUGAAUAUGAUGAGAAUGUACAAAUUAAACAGGAGACACGUAAUGAUCCUUUGAAUGGUAACACCAAAGUCUGGUGGACUUAAUCUUGGCUAUAAAAGGUUGCAAAUUAAUGAAAGUAAAAUGUUUAAUUAAGAAAUAUUAUAUUAUAGUUAAGUUUACAUUUAGUUUGUAAUAAAGCAGAAGAAUGAAAAGAAAA